ACUUUUUAGCGGCGGUGUUUUCGACACCAAGUACAUUGCCACUCACGUGACUCCCUGCAACACCUUCGGCAGGACGGCGCUGCAUGCGCUGAGGAACCACUUGCUGGCCAUUCCAGGCCUCAGCUGCUGCUUCGUAGUGGACGAGAGCCGCAAGAGUUCCUUUGACUUUUCUUUUAAAGAGCUAAACGUCCCCCACAAGCUGCCUGAGGCGCGCAGCCAUGAGGCGGGCUAUGACGCUUUAGUAACUGCUCAAAUCUUUGUUUGUCUGGCGGCAGCUGAGGCGAAGGAGCGGCAAACAGAGUGCGUCUUAUGGAACUCUAAACCCUAG